AUGCCUAAUAAUUAUGAAAAAGAUAAUAAUAUUAAUAAUGCAGCAAUUGAUAUGUUGAUGAAAUUUGGUGAUGUUAAAAAUGCUGAAGGUCUGUUUAAAAUAAUUAAGAAAAAAGAUAUUAUCACCUAUGGUGCUAUGAUGAAAGGAUAUGGCGAAAAUAACAUGAAUGAAAAAGUAUUAGAUUUAUUUGAACAAAUACCUUUAGGUAUUAAUGAUGUCAUUUAUACAAUUAUUUUCAAUGCAUGUGCUCAACUUUGUAAUGAUCGAGCAACACAAAUUGGAAAAAAACUUCUCGAUGAAAUGCCUAAGAAAUUUAUACAGAAUAAUUAUAUUUAUAAUUCAGCAAUAGAUAUGUUAAUGAGAUUUGGUGAUGUUCAACGUGCUGAAGAUCUGUUUAAAAUGAUCGAAAAAAAGGAUAGUAUUAGUUAUGGAACUAUGAUACAUGGAUAUAAUAUAAAUAAUGAACCAUUAAAAAGUUUAGAACUAUUUGAAGAAAUGAAAGAAAGUGAUAUAAAUGUUGAUGUAACUGUAUUAAUCAUGAUAAUUGGUGCUUGUGCACGAAUUGGUAUGCUUUCAAUAUGUCAAUCAGUUGUUGCUCAAAUUCCUUUAGAUUUAUAUAAAAAUCGAUGGAUAUGCAAUUCGUUAAUUGAUAUGUGGGGAAAAGCUGGUUCAAUUAAAAAUGCUCAAGAGAUUUUUGAAUCAAUUGAUACACCUGAUAUUAUAACAUAUACUUCCAUGAUUAAUGCGUUUGGGCUUAAUCGAAUGGGUUUAGAAGCUACUGAUUUAUAUCGAAAAAUAUCUAAUAGUUUACAUGAUGAAAUUUUAUAUAUUUGUGUAUUGAAUGCAUGUUCUCAUUCGGGUCUUCUUGAUGAAGCUUAUUCAAUCUUCAAUGAGAUUCAUCAUAAAACAGCAAAAAUUAUUACUACAAUGAUUGAUUGUUUAAGUCGUCUGUUUUUAUUUGAUGAAGCACAAAAAUUAAUCGAAGAUUAUGAAAAGUCUAAUCCACCUUAUUCAGCUAUGUAUACGGCUAUAUUAUCUGGUGCACGUAAUUCUCGUAAUUCUAUUGUAUCAGAAAAAAUCUAUGAAAGAAUGAAAUUAUUAUUUCAAAAUGAAAAAGAUACUUUAAUAUCAGGUUCAAUUCUUUUAUCCAAUAUUUAUUCUUCAUUAGGACAACAUGAAGAAGCACAAAGUAUUCGAUUAAAUCGAAUUAAAGAAGUAGGAAAAAAGGUUCAACCUGGCUUAGCAUGGACUGAAAAGGAUGGUGAAAUAGCACAAUUUACAGCUCAUGAUCAAUCUCAUUGUCUAUCAAAAGAAAUUUAUGCUGAAGCUGAACGUAUAUCAUGUGGACUUACUGAACAUGGGCAUAAAUCUGAUUCAAGUUGGAUCACGCGUCCAUUAGCAGAAACUGAAACAAUUCAAUCUGUUUUGUGUUCUCAUAGCGAAAGACUUGCAAUUGCCUUUCAUUUUAUUCAAGGAAGAAAACCAUCAUUUAUUCAAAUUACAGAAAAUCUUCGCGUUUGUGGUGAUUGUCAUCAAGCUACAAAAUUAAUUGCUAAAAUUCGCCAAUAUGUAACCAUACAUUUACAAAAAACUUUCACUCGUCAAUCAUAUGAAAAAGGAGUUGUAAUUAUUCGAUGUGAUUCAUGUACAAAUCUUCAUUUAAUUGCCGAUAAUUUAGGUUGGUUUAAAGAUCUAACAGAGAAUGGAAAAUUCAAAAAUAUUGCUCAAAUGCUUCAAGCAAAAGAUGAAACUAUAUAUCGCAUAGCUGUUGCUCCUACUGAUGAUGAAUCAACAUUAAAAGAAGUAGAAGUAGACGAAAAAAUAAAAAUAUUACCAUUGAGUGAUGAUUCAAAUCUUAUACAAAAUAUAAUUAAAAAUGAAUUAAAUCAAAUUGGAUCUGGGUUUUGGAAUGUUUGUAGUUGUUUUCGAAUUCUUGCUAAACUUAUUGAUAUUGAACCACAAAUGUCAUUUAUUCAAUUACAUUACAGAAAAUUUUCUUAA